GCGACGGCGGCGGCGGCGGCGGCGAGAAGAUGGCGACUUCGAACAAUCCGCGGAAAUUCAGCGAGAAGAUCGCGCUGCAUAACCAGAAGCAAGCGGAGGAGACGGCGGCUUUCGAGGAGGUCAUGAAGGACCUGAGCCUGACGCGGGCCGCACGGCUCCAGCUCCAAAAGUCCCAGUACCUACAGCUGGGCCCAAGCCGUGGCCAGUACUACGGCGGGUCCCUGCCCAACGUGAACCAGAUUGGGAGCGGCACUGUGGAUCUGCCCUUCCAGCCCAGCGGAUUUCUGGGGGAGGCUCUGGCAGCGGCUCCUGUCUCUCUGACACCCUUCCAGUCCUCGGGCCUGGACACCAGCCGAACUACCCGGCAUCAUGGGCUAGUGGACAGAGUGUACCGGGAGCGUGGCCGGCUCGGCUCCCCACAUCGCCGGCCCCUGUCAGUGGAUAAACAUGGAAGGCAGUCAGACAGCUGCCCAUACGGGACCGUGUACCUCUCACCACCUGCGGACACCAGCUGGAGAAGGACCAAUUCUGACUCUGCCCUGCACCAGAGCACAAUGACGCCCACCCAGCCAGAGCCCUUUACGGGUGGGUCCCAGGACACGCACCAGAAAAGAGUCUUACUAUUAACAGUCCCGGGAAUGGAGGAGACCACAUCGGAGACGGACAAGAACCUUUCUAAGCAAGCUUGGGACACCAAGAAGACAGGGUCCAGGCCCAAGUCCUGCGAGGUCCCCGGAAUCAACAUCUUUCCAUCUGCCGACCAGGAAAACACUACAGCCCUGAUCCCCGCCACCCACAACACGGGGGGCUCCCUGCCUGACCUGACCAACAUCCACUUCCCCUCCCCCCUCCCGACCCCGCUGGACCCUGAAGAGCCCACCUUCCCUGCGCUGAGCAGUUCCAGCAGCACCGGCAACCUCGCAGCCAACCUGACACACCUGGGCAUCGGCGGUGCUGGCCAGGGGAUGAGCACGCCUGGCUCCUCACCGCAGCACCGCCCACUGUCCCUGAGCACGGAGGCAAGGCGGCAGCAGGCCCAGCAGGUGUCACCCACUCUCUCCCCGCUGUCACCCAUCACGCAGGCCGUGGCCAUGGAUGCCCUAUCUCUGGAGCAGCAGUUGCCCUACGCCUUCUUUACUCAGGCAGGCUCUCAGCAGCCGCCCCCACCACAGCCUCAGCCCCCGCCACCGCCACCGCCUGCAUCCCAGCAGCAGCCGCCCCCACCGCCCCCGCAGGUGCCUGUCGGUCUCCCCCCGGGCGGCUCCCUGAUGCCAAGCGCCAGCCUGACGCGGGGGCCCCAGCUGCCCCCGCUUGCGGUCACGGUACCGUCCUCUCUCCCCCAGUCCCCCCCAGAGAGCGCAGGCCAGCCACCGAUGGGGAUUGACAUUGCCUCGGCGCCGGCUCUGCAGCAGUACCGCACUAGCGCCGGCUCCCCAGCCAACCAGUCUCCCACCUCGCCCGUCUCCAAUCAAGGCUUCUCCCCUGGGAGCUCCCCACAACACUCUUCUACCCUGGGCGGCGUGUUUGGGGACUCAUACUAUGAGCAGCAGAUGGCAGCCAGGCAGGCCAAUGCUCUGUCCCAUCAGCUGGAGCAGUUCAACAUGAUGGAGAAUGCCAUCAGCUCCAGCAGUCUGUACAGCCCGGGCUCGACGCUCAACUAUUCCCAGGCGGCCAUGAUGGGCCUCUCGGGCAGCCCUGGGAGCCUGCCGGACACACAGCAGCUGGGCUACCCCAGUCACAGCAGCAUCCCCAACAUCAUCCUCACAGUGACAGGAGAGUCCCCUCCUAGCCUCUCUAAAGAACUGACCAGCACGCUGGCUGGGGUCAGUGACGUCAGCUUCGACUCUGACAACCAGUUCCCACUGGACGAACUCAAGAUUGACCCCUUGACCCUGGACGGACUGCACAUGCUCAAUGACCCAGACAUGGUCCUGGCUGACCCGGCCACUGAAGACACCUUCCGGAUGGACCGUCUGUGAGCAGCACGCCCGGCACACUGCCGCCCAGCCCCCGGCUCCGUCACCCCACCGGUCAGUGGUCCCGACGGUGUCUCCCUGAGCCUGGGGACGGCGGCGCUCCGUCCCUCGCAAACGGCCGAGCUUGUGAUUCUGAGCUUGCAAUGCCGCCAAGCGCCCCGCCCGCCCAUCCCCCCCACCCGGUUGUCCACCUCCCGCGUGAGGCCCUCGCGUCGCCCCCGCGGACCCUCCCUGCUCUCUCGUCCCCCCUGUAAGAUGCGGAAAGCGUGCUGGGCAGGGCCGCCGGGCUCGGGGGUGGGGCGCUGUGCUCUGCGACGCGGUGGGCUGAGGGGCAUCUUCCGACUGUUGUCCAGCUCUCACUGCCUUCCUUUAUCCCUGGCCCCCCCACCCACCCGUGCCCCCAGCCCGUGGUUAGGUAGUGAGCCAGCCCCACCCUGCCAAAGGGAGAAGGCGCCAGAGAGGGGGGCCGGGCAUGAAGCGAAAUAAACACUAUUUGGACUGCUGUCUUUUAUAUUUCUGAGCACACACACAGAGCUAGAGUCCAUCCCAUGGAGGUGGGAUGCGAACAUGUGAACAGAGCAUGCGAAGCAGCUGAAUCUUCCUGGGGCCCAGUGGGAAGCCCGGGCCCCUGCCUCACCUGCCCCAGCCAGGCCCCUGUGUGGCCACCUUUGCUGUGAAACUCCUGCCCAGGAGGAACAGGCCUGCUUGGGAUGCACGUGGAGGCAGGGAUUAUUUCUGGGGGUUUUGCAACUUGUUUCCAUCUUUCUUUCUCUGUACUGUGGUCACUGUUACUAUUAUUUAAAGAAUGGGGUGGGGAGGGGGUGGCCAGGACAUUUGUGUUGUGUUUCUUUUUGUUUGUUUCUUUAGUUUUGUAUUUACAUUUUGGUCGUAGACCAGUAACUGAUUCCUUCAAGCCAACACUUGCCUGAGAGCAUGUUUUUAUUGUAGAAAUCUAAUGUUAUAUAUAUAUUUGUAAGCUAACUGGAAGCAGUCUGCUGCCUGCCCAGGUCUGAGCUGCAUCUCUGAUCUUUUUAGUUUCGCCCCAUCAUCUCAAAACAGAAGGACAUAAGAUCAGGCAGGGCUGAGCGGGUAUUCUGGCGGAAGCUGGCAGCAGUGACCAGAGGUGCCUCUGCUCUGGUCCUAUAAUAGACACCUGGGAAGGAGCCGUGGCUUUCACCAAGGGUCUCUCAGCCCAGCUCUGCCAGGCCCUCCCGAGGUGCCAACCAGUCCUCAGGGCGGGCCUGUCCCAGACCUCGUGGCCGGCAAUAGCUGUGGCCCCUCAGCUCGUAGAUGCCCCAGAGACAAGGCCGUCCUCACCACCCCACUCUAGGAACUGACCGACAUUCGUUCCCUCUGGCCAUGCCGCUUGUAGCUCCUCCUGGCAGGCUAGACGUGGAGGCCAAGAGCAGUGUGCAUUUUAGCGGUUGGUUUCCAGGUGCUUCUCAAAGUGCCUCGGGAGGCCCAGGUGACCAUCCGUCGGGGCUCACUGGCGCGCCGGAGGCCGUCCCUCUGCCCUACAGGCCCUAUGAGUGGGUGGUAGGGCUGGCUUUGUGUUCUGUCGGUUGCUUUGGAAUAGGAACCUCUGUUUCAUUCUCUCCGACAUCGCAUCUCGCAUCUGGAGUUCUUGCUCCUCCACCUGCUGGCCGGGCCGGCACCUCUUGCUUGGUGUGUUUCGGCCUCCGCCAGGGUCUUGGGAGCACCCACCUCUGUCUGUGGGAGCCGGGUUUGAUCUCCUUGUUCCCCAGCCAGGUGGUUAGCACUCAGCCAAGCGGCUGGGUGGCCAUACAUAUGGAAAGUCCCCCACCCCCAUCCUUGGUCAUUUGACCUCCACUGCUGUUUUGGAGGCUUGGGGACACUGUGUCAGUCCAUCCAGGUCAAGGGCCUGUUAUGUUUCCAUGACGGGGGCUGGGGCGAGGAGUGGGGACUUUUUUUUUUUUUUU